GGCGAGCCACGAGCUGCGAGCAGCUCCAGGAGCCCGCCCUGCCGCCCGCCUCCGUCCCCCGCUCAGCUAUGGCGCGCUGGCUGCUCUGCCUGACGGCGGCGCUGUGCGCCGUCGGCCGCGCGGCGUCCUGCCGCUGCGUAGACCCCGUCUCCUGCCCGGGGGCGCUGGCCUCGCGGCCGCGGCACUGCAGGCUGCCGUCCGGUGGGCCGGGCGUCUGCUGUCCCUUCCUCGCGCCUCCGGGCUCCGCCAACGGCGCCCGGUCGGCGUUCUCGUUCUCGGCGCCGUCGCUGCACAGCCAGACACUGCUCCCGGCUAACGUGGGGUCGGGCCGCUCGGCGCUGGACGGGGCCUCGCUGCCGGAGGGUGCGCGCCGCUUCCUGCAGGCGUUCGACCUGGACACGGCCGACACGGGCCCGAUCCGGCCCAGCGCGGCGGCGGCGGCUUCCCGGCCGACGUUCUUCAGGCCCGACGGGACGCGGCCCGCCGCCGCCGCCGCGGGGCCGCGCGUGUCAUUCUCGACGGUGGCGCCGGCGCCGGCCGCCCGCACGCCGGCUAGCGGCACGACACGCGUCAAUUUCCUGAACGCGCGCACCUCCUCGCGCUCUCAGCGGCGAGGCGGCGCCGCGCUGCGGGCGCUGCAGCAGGUACAGGCCAGGGCGAGGCGCGCACCGACAGCGGCCGGCGUCAGCCCCAGCGCCCGCCCACCUCGCAGCCGCAGCUUUUUCCUCAACGACGGUCAAACAAACCGGUUCAACUUCCAAGACGUGUUCCGGCCGUUUACGACGCCCGCCCCCCAAACGCAGCGCGUCCCCGACUGCACUCCGGAGCCGGCCAUCAGCUGCUCCUCCUCGGCCAAGUACCGCACCAUCAACGGCCAGUGCAAUAACCUGGGUCAACCGCGAUGGGGCAGCCACUUCCGCGGGCUGCGGCGCCUCUUCGACAGCACGUACGACGACGGCGUGUUCGCGGCCCGCAGCCUGUCGGCGGCCGGCGGCCCGCUCAAGUCGUCCCGAAAGGUCAGCGCGGCGGUGUUCAACGUGGACAACAACCCGGCGCCGAUCUUCACCAUGUCCGUGGUGACUUUCGGCCAGUUCAUGGACCACGACCUGUCCAUCUCGCCCAUCUUCCAGCGCGAGGGACCCGACGGCAAACUGUCGCCGAUCGAGUGCUGUGACAACAAUGGCCUCGAGCUGCCGGCCAGCCUCAAGCAUCCGCAGUGUCUGCCCAUCUCCGUGCCCGCCUCCGACCCCUUCUACAAACAGUACAAGAUCCGCUGCAUGAACUUCGUGCGCAGCAUCCCGGCGCCCGACCCGCUGUGUCGGCCGCGGCCAGCCACGCAGAUCAACGAGCUCACCGGCUGGAUGGACUGCUCGCAGGUGUACGGCACCACGGACGAGAAGGCCCACGAGCUGCGGGCCUUCAAGGCCGGCCUGUUGAAGACGAGCGCCGGCAACCUGCUGCCGCGCGAGAUACCCCAGCCGGCCACCAACUGCACCGGCCGCGUCUGCUUCAUCGCCGGAGACGAGCGCGUCAACGAGAACACGCUGCUCACGCUGUUCCACACGGUGUUUGUGCGCGAGCACAACCGCGUGGCGCGUGAGCUGGCGAAACACCACAGAUGGACCGACGAGACUCUAUACCAGGAGGCGCGCCGGAUCGUGAUCGGCCAGUGGCAGCACAUCGCCUACCACGAGUGGCUGCCAAGCAUCGUCGGUUUCGCGUACGCGCACUCGGUCGGUCUGACCGGCUACCAGCCGAACGCCUACGUCCCGUCCCUCAACCCCGACGUCAGCAAUGAGUUCUCGGCGGCCGGCUUCCGGCUGCACUCGAUGGUGCAGGGCGUGAUCGAUCUGGUCUCCAGGAUCGGCUCCAUCAACCGCCGGCUCCAGCUCACCGACAACUUCUUCCAGCCGGACUCGCUGGUGGUGUCCAAAGUCUUCGCGGAGAUGGCGCGUGGCCUCACGCGCCAGCAGCCACAGACGUACGACCGCAGGUUCGAGCGAGCCAUCCACGGCAACCUGUUCAAAGUGGGCCCCGUCGGCCUGGACCUGAUGGCGCUCAACAUUCACCGGGGUCGCGACCACGGCAUCCCCACCUACGCCACGGUGGCGGCCCGCUGUCACAACAUCCAAAUCUCCGACUGGUCCCAUCUGCUGACGCUGCUGACGGCCCAGGACGUGGCGCGUCUGAAGCGCAGCUAUCACCACUGGCGCGACAUCGACCUGUUUGUCGGCAUCAACACGGAGCGGCCGGCGCCCGGUGCGCUAGUCGGCCCCACGGCGCGCUGUCUGAUCACCGACCAGUUCCUGCGCGCCCGCUAUGGCGACCGUUUCUUCUACGACCAGGCCGGCCAGCGGGGCAGCUUCACCACCGCUCAGCUGCGCGAGAUACGCAAGGCCAGCUGGGCUCGCUUGCUGUGCGACAACGUGGGACGUGGCUUUGACGCCGUCCAGCCGCUGGCCUUCAUCAAGCCCAUCAACUUCCAUGGCCUGAACCCGGUGGUUAGCUGCAGAUCGCCGCGCAUACAGCGGCUCGACCUGUCCAAAUUCUGAGACCAAUGUUAGAGGCUAACAUGUCUUCAGGGCCGUUCCCGUUCCUCCUGACGUGUGUGCGCAGAGCGCGUUUAGUGCUUAAGUUAGGGACACCGCACCCAGUGCCGUCCUCGGCCGGGAAUUACAUUUUCCGUUCAGUUUGUCACAACCUCUUGCCAUAUGGAUUAAUAACAAGUCAUCCAAGACAUGCGAUGUGGCGCAGUGGGCUAUCAAUUAAACGCCUU